AUGCCAUUUGUUCCGAUUGUGGGAGUCAAUCAUCAUUAUCAAACUGUAUUGUUUGGUGGUGCUUUGCUUUAUUCUGAAAGCGAGGAAUCAUUUGAAUGGGUAAUAAAAACAUGGAUGAGAGCGAUGUACGGUAAAACACCAAAAGUUAUUAUUACAGAUCAAGAAUCGGCUAUUGGAGGUGCUAUUGCACGUGUUCUGCCAGGUACGCGACAUAGAUUUUGUUUAUGGCAUAUAUGUAGAAAUGCUAUGAAAAAUUUGUCUAAUGUGAACAAAGAAUUCGUUAAGGAAUUCAACACCUGCUUAUAUGGAUAUGAAACGGUUGAACAAUUUGAGCUAGGUUGUGUCACAAUGCUUAAAAAUCAUAAUUUGGAAAUAAAAAAAUGGUUAUCAACAUUAUACAACAAAUGUGAACACUGGGCAUUAGUUUAUACGCGUGAUGUAUUUUGUGCAGAUACGUAUACAACACAGCGAAGUGAGAGUAUUAACUCUUAUUUUGAUGGAUUUUUGAGAAGAGAUAUGUCAUUGUGUGAAUUUGUUCGACAUUAUCUAAGAACGGUAGUAGCAAGAAGAGAGGCAAAAAAUAAUAUGGAUUAUGACACAAUAUAUAUAUGCCCAGUUCUGAGAUUUUGUAUGUGUAUUGAAAAAGAUGCAGCUUUAGUGUACACAAAGACAGUUUUUACUAAAUUCCAAAAACAAUUAACUGAAUGUUUUUCUUAUUCUCAUGAAAGAGUGGGGAAUAGUGGAACAAUAUUCACUUAUCAUGUAUUUAUAAUUGGAUUUGCGCAUAAAUUCCGAACAGUGAUUUUCGACUCUUUUACUAAAGGUGGUCAGAGCAGUUGUCUACAAUACGAGUUUGUUGGUUAUUUAUGCAGGCACAUCUUAAAGGUUUCCAUAGUUGAGAAUGUUCAAAAUCUUCCAACUCAACAUUUUUUGAAACGGUGGACCAAAUAUGCUAAAUUUGGACCAGUGGUGUUUGACCAAAGUGAAGAAAUCGUAGUUGAUUGUCAGGAUAUGAUUACAGUUAGAUAUAGUAAACUCUGUCAAGAUGCGAUCAAUAUUGCAGUUAAAGGUUCGACAUCAACUACACUAUAUAAUGUGGCAGUACAAGUUUUACAGAAAGCUUUACAGGAAAUUGAGGAAACUAUAAAAUCCACUCAACAAGUAAUUCAAGAUGGACAAUCUGAUGUUACACGGUAUUGGAAUAUUACAAGACAUCCAGAAACUGUAGAAAACCAGCCAGAUUUGUGA